UUUUGUCAAACUUAUUUAGUGCUUUUUGCCCGAUUUUCCAUUGAUAUUCCAAAAAUUAACACGCUCGCUCACAGUGAUAUUUGGGAAUACAAUAAAAAAAGUUUAAACCAAAAAAAAAGUACGUGUAAGACCGAACAUCAUGCCUGCACGCCAACCGCAGUCAGGAAACACUCUGCGCCGCAGCGCGCGGCUUGCCGGUAACCCUCUGCGCCGCAGCGAGCGGCUCCGGCUGCAACAUGCUACUUCUACACCCAUCCGUGCUCUAAAUGCUGCCAACGAAAGGACACCGACCAACUCCUCGACCAUUGCCACUCACUCGCGUUUCAUCAAUGCCCCGAGAAGGCGCUCACGAGGCUCUCGCCGCUGGUCCGGCGUGGAGGCGGCACGCAUCCGGCAGGCAGCAGCCGAGGCACUAAGCGGUACACCUUCACCCAAUAACAUCAUUGGAGACACCGGUACACCUCAACCAAGAGGUCCUGGACGUCCUAGACGUCAUCCUACACCCUACCCUAGACGUACCGGCAUCCGGCGGACAGCAGCCGCGGCACUUGGCGGCACACCUUCGCCCGUUGAGCCUGUUACCGUGAAUCAGAAUUCGUUCUUUGGCAUGUUGGCUGGUGGUGGCUGGUCCUCGCUGGUCUCAUUCAACCUCAAUGCCAACCUGCCGUUAUUGCGUCCCCUUCCAGCUCCACCGACAGAUUCUGAGUGUCGUCUUGUCUUGGGCCGCCUCAGACGUGAGCUGCAGGACUUUUAUCAGGAGCCGCCCGAAGGCUGCAGCAUUGAGAUUGUCAACGACAAUAUGUUCCACUGGCGGGCCAGUAUUUCCGGUCCUCCGGAGACCCCAUACGCGGGUGGACAAUUUCAUUUGGAACUGCAUUUUGGCCAAAACUAUCCCUUUGUAGCGCCAAGGGUUUACUUUCUCACAAAAAUCUAUCAUUGCAAUGUUGCAGCCAAUGGACAUAUUUGCCUGGACAUAUUGAGCAGAGAGUGGUCUCCGGCCCUGACCACAUCCAAGGUGCUCCUGUCGAUUACAUGCCUGAUGGCAGAUCCCAAUCCCGAUGAUCCAUUGGAGCCAUCGAUUGCCAGCUUGUACAAGCGCAAUCGCAGUCAGCACGACCAAACGGCACGCUCCUGGACCUCGCUGUAUGCCAAACCCGGACAGGAUCCCCAAAGUCCCGCCUUUGACUAAGGCCGUGUGGUUUUGGUUUUUCACGAAUGUUUUAUUGUUUUUUGUGCCAGCACUUUUUGGUGGUUGAAAACAGUAUACGACACUUACAUAUGUAAUUGAUAUAUAAAUACAGAGUACACGAGGAUACACACUA